UUUAUGUGAAUGGUUUUCAAAUCUGUCAAACACAAACACAUAGUACAAAAUAAAAACGCAAGUUUUCAAAAUGGCUUCGACAGCUGUUUUUAAUACAACUUUUUUUGUUUUAUUUUGCUACUCGAUCCGAUAAGAACAAUUACAAGUCGAAAAUUUUGAGUGAGACUCAUUUCUUUUAAAUGAAAAACAAUUGUUAAAUACCAAUAAAAUAAUUAUAGAAAUCGAACUGUUGUGUUGCUUGUGAUUUUACAAAGUGUAGCUCUCAUCUCAUCAGUGAUGUUAAAUUAAAUGCAAGAGAUAGAGAAUACUCUGUGUGUGUGUUUCAUUUCAUUUGAUCUAAGCUUUCUAAGCCAUAUCCAAAAAAUUGUGAAGAUUGUGUACUUACCACCCGGGGGAGAAAAGAGAAGAGAAAAGAGAAUAAUGCAAACUUUUGUUGUGAUGAUAUAUAUGAUAGCAUCCGAACAGCAGACAAAAAUAAAUUAAAUAAAUAAAGAAAAUAAAAAAUAAGAGAGAGAAGAGAAGCCAUGCGAAUUUAUUACAGAUGAAAUUCAAAUCAAACGAUAUGAUGAUGAUGCUCACUCCGUGACAAAACACUUUUUUCUUUCUUUUCGUUUUUUUAAAUGAUACAAUCGUGCAUGCGUGUGAAUGUGAACAAUUGUUGCAAACAUAUAUAUUUGAAUAUUAGACGAGCGAUAUGGAUAUUGAAAGCGCACAAAUUCAGAAAACAAAUACAAAUCCGGGUAAUAAAAUUAAAAUCAAUCGCACGAAUCGAAGUAAUUAGCCGACCAACAAAAUUUGCAGUUUAUUCUAAAAGAAACCACACACACCAAAUCAAUCAACCAAACAACAAAACAGAAUCAUCCAUGAAAAUGGAUCCGAUCUUUUAUCCACCAAGCAAUGGAAUUUCGACAGCAACACUACCAUCUGAGAGUAAACUAGCUACAUAUAUGAAUCGUCAAAACACUGUUUCGACACCUACGUAUGGUAUUUCGGCAGUUUUGAACAAAAUGACCAUAGAUUCGCCCAUAUCACUGAAAAAUGUUCAGGUAACACCACAAUCACCUGAAUUCAUUCCAUCGAAAGUAAAUUCAUCACCAAAUUUUUACUCCCCGUACGCAUCUGUGAUGAAUGCAAAUAAUAUAACUCCGGUAAAAUCCAGUACGGGCGCAUCAAGUGCAUAUGCAAUAGCACCAAGUAAAGCUAGUAGAAAUUUGAUGCGCGUUGAAUCUCCUCAUAGUGUUGAAUCGCCGAAAUUAACGCCUUCACCUCCAUCGAAUGUGCCGCAGAAUAUACAUCAGGAGAAUGUCGGCGGAACCACAUAUUUUUAUCCAACGGGCAAUCACUCAGCAAAUCAAACGAGUAGUUCAAUUGUUACCGAUUCAUCAUUGUCAUUAUCGCAUCAUAGUAGUUCACAGAAUAUCAGUUACUCACAAGCGGUGCACGUAUAUCCGGGGCCAUCAUCAAAUGUGGUUAACAUGCAACCAAGAACACAGCUCUCUUCUGCCAUUUUUAUACCAGAUGAUAUGCGAAAUGACAUAUUAGCUCGUAACGAGAUCGCAAAUCUGGUUGAUACAAUUCCAAAUCCAGGUAACAUAAUCAAUUUGUGCACAAUUUUCGUAUUUAUAUUCAAAUCAAUUGUUUCAGAUAUUCCGAACGAAAUUGAUAAUUAUCAUUCGUUAUUUUUGUUGGAGACAUUGGCUAUUCAUCAAAAACUUCCACUUCCAUCAUCGACGUACAAAGCAACACAUGUAUCAACUGGAAUCAGAUAUUGCCUCCGAAGAUUACACGGUUUCCGCUUACAAUCGACAAAAUGUAUGGGCAUUGUGGAUUUAUGGAAAAAAUUCCAACAUUCAAAUGUUGUACAACUACGAGAAGUGUUCACCACAAAAAGUUUCGGCGAUCAAUCUUUGGUUUUAGUGUACGACUAUCAUCCGGGAUCUCAAACUUUAUUAGCUAAAUACUUUACACCGACUUCAGAUUCUAAUAAUUACCAAGAUCCAUUCCAAGGAGAAGCUAGACCGUUUAGCCAUAAAAGUAAUAUGCAGCGAACUCCAAAUGGACCAUAUUUACCUGAAACUGAAAUUUGGGCAAUAAUCAUGCAAUUGACAGCUGGUUUGCGUGCAAUACAUCAAGCGGGUUUUGCUUGCAGGACCAUUGACCCAACCAAAAUAAUUGUGACAGGCAAACGUGUUCGAUUUAGUUUUGUUGGCAUUUCCGAUAUUAUUUAUUUUGAUCCAAAUCAAACAAAUCCAGCCGCCGCAAUUGCAAACUAUCAACAGGAAGACUUAACGUCAUUAGGAAAAUUAGUUUUAGCCUUGGCAUGUCGAUGCUUACACUCAGUUCAAGAAGAUCGAAUCCAGUCCAGUGUAUCACUUGUAUCGAGGAAUUAUUCAUCCGAUUUAAGAAACUUAGUUCUGUACCUGCUAACAACCACGACAAAUCGGCGUUCAGUAACGGAUUUAAUGCCUAUGAUUGGGGCUCGGUUUUAUACUCAAUUAGACGCUUUACAGUGCCAAUGUGACCGGCAAGAAGAUGAAUUGGCCAAGGAAAUGGAAAAUGGACGCUUGUACAGACUGCUCGUUAAAUUGGGUUGCAUCAAUGAACGGCCAGAGUUGAAUAUGGACGUAACAUGGUCGGAGACAGGCGAUCGAUACAUGCUUAAAUUGUUCAGGGACUUUUUAUUUCAUGCGGUUAAUGAAGAUGGAACUCCAUGGUUGGAUCAUGCUCACAUCAUUCAGUGUUUGAACAAAUUGGAUGCUGGCACAUUAGAAAAGGUUCAACUUGUGUCGAGGGAUGAGCAAUCGAUUUUAAUUGUAACAUAUGCCGAAUUGAAGCAUUGCCUAGAACAGGCAUUCUCCGAAUUAACAACAAAUGCAGUUGCAUUACCAUAAUGCAAAUAAUCACAAAACAUUCAAAACAAAACGAAAAAAAUGUUGCAUCUUAUAACCAUUUUUACAAUUUAAACUGUAAAAAGAGAAUGAAAGCGAAAAACAAAGAAAGCAAAAAAAGAUUGUAUUUACAUAAUAGUUUUUUUUUUCAUACUCUUUUUUCAUAUACAACGGGUGAAAUGGUCAAAUGAAUCAAAUUUUUUGCAUGAAAAAUUUCUGACAACCUUUUUCUCACAUCUCUUCAUUCGAUUUGUUGUGAUAGAAAAGCAUUGACAGCUGAAUAUAGAACUUAGAAUGAAACAAACUGAAAACAAUCCUAUAAAACAGAAUCCAUAUUUUUUGAAAUGAAACGAGAAGAAGAAGAAAAACGCAGUGCGCACAAGAGCCGAAAAGAGUAGGCAAAUUGUUUAUAAUUUUGAAUGAAUGAUGGAAGGCAAAUGGCCGACCACAAAACGUGAGAACAGAGAGAUAGAGAGAGCAAACUGGAACCAGAUGACAGCUUCUUCCUUUUUUUGGGUUAUUCAAAUCAUCCAAAGAAAUAAUGAAAGAAUAGACAUUUAUCGUCUUUAUUUUUCUAGAGCAGUUUUUGUAAUUUAUAUAAAAACUGAAGAGAAAGAUAAAAAAAAUGAACAAUUUACAACACAAACACCGAUAUAAAUUGCAGUCAAAAUUACAAUAUUGAAUUCAAAGCAUAUACCGAAAUAGUGAAUCCAUGCAAAAAAAAGACUGCAUUUGGUCUUGGUUUGUAAACCAGGAGGGCAAACGCUUAAGAAUUUAUAUGGAAAUAUCCAUUUUAACGAAACUCGUUCUCGAUAUUGCGAAGAAACAUUCAUUGAAGAAAAAACAAAUUCCAUUAACUAUUGAUUUUAAUCGAUGAAUUUUUUGUGAUUUUAUUAAUUUUUUUUCGUUCAAGUAAAAAAAAUGUUAUGUACAGAAAUGAUAGGCGCGCGAUAUUUUUCUUUGUUUAAAAUAAUUACACGUAGCAAAGCCAAUAAUUUUCGAUUAAUUUUAACGAUAGAUUCUCCAAGUCGUUUAUUAGUUUAAAAAAUGCAAUUCGUAUUUACGAAUUGUAUUAGUUAAUUUGUCAAAAAAUUCAAAUGACGGUCUAGAACUGGCACAUUGUUACAAUGUAAAUGCAAUUUUUUUUUAUACUAUGGACAAGCACAAACUGAAGAGGAAAAAAAAUACGAAUAAUUUUUUUUAAAAAAAUGGAUAAUACAAAAUGCAAUACAAGAAUUUUCUCUUAAUUAUUUUCUUCUUCUUAUUUGCUUUUUCUUAAUAAAAAGUAACAUAGUGAAUAACAAAUCGAUUCCGGUAAAAUCAGUAUUUAAUUUUUUUUUAAAUGUAGUUUGUCAUAUCGUUUGGCAUUUAAUAAUUUAAAAAAAGAGAAAAAAAAAUGAAAAUAAUUGUGAAAACGGGCAAAUCAUUCAAUUUUAAAAUGAAAGGAGUACAAACAUGGUUUAUUCAAAACAGUUAAUUUAAAAAACCAAAACACUCUGUCUAUUGAAUAUAUCGAGAAGAGAGUAUGUUAUUCAGCGCUUAUAGCUGAGUAAUGUCUGAAUAAAAACAUACUCUCCUCUCGAUAUUUUCAAUAGAUGUAAUAAACGCUAUUUUAUUAAUAUAUAAUUUACAAGAUCCGGGGGGAAUGUGAGAGGACACAGAAGAGAACACAUUUUCAGCAUGUGUAAUCGCGCCACACCAAAUUUAACACGCGACAGAAUGGCAGCUGAAAUUGAAAAAAAAAAAA